UGUACUCAGGUGUGUGUAGUGUGUAGGUCAUCCGAUUCGCCGGAGAUGAUCCCUUACGCGACGGUAGAGGCGGCGGAGGCCGCGCUGGGGCGAGGCUUGACAUGGGCGGAGGCCGCGUGGUUCUGGCACUCAGGGUCGACGCCGGACUAUUGCCUCUACUUCGAGAGCCUCGUCAUCCUCCUCGCCGCCUACUCUCUAACGCCACUUCCCCUUGCCCUGAUCGAGCUCUAUGCGCCGGCGAAGCUGACCACGCCCUACAAGCUGCAGCCCCAGGUGCGUCUGUCGCCGGCUGCCUUCCUCCGCUGCUACAAGGACACAGCGCGCGUCUUGGUGCUCCUCACCAUUGGCCCCCUCCUGUACCUCCCGUACCCUAUCGUCAAGAUCGCCGGCAUCCGGACGGGGCUGCCGCUGCCCUCGCUGGGGGAGGUAGCAGCACAGCUAGUGGUGUACAUGCUUGUUGAGGACUACCUGGGCUACUGGCUCCACCGCCUCCUCCACUGUGGGUGGGCCUACGACAAGAUCCACUAUGUCCACCACGAGUACCCAGCACCCAUGGGAUUUGCCGCGGCACACUCUCACUGGGUCGAGCUGCUCAUCCUCGGCUUCCCGGCAUUCAUUGGCACGGUUGUCGUGCCAUGCCAUAUGUCCACCUUCUGGCUCUGGUUCGCUAUCCGUGGCGCCGUGGCCAUUGACACUCACUGCGGUUUCGAUUUCCCAUUCAGCCCGUCAAAGCUUAUCCCGUUCUACGGAGGCGCAGAAUGCCACGACUUGCAUCACUUUGGAGGAAGAUGGAGCCAGUGCAACUUCGCUCCGUUUUUUAAGAUUUGUGACUAUAUAUAUGGGACAAAUAAAGGUUACAGGCACAAUAAGGCAAGCCUAAUGAAGCAGAAGGAUACGGCAAAUAUUACAGUCGAGAAAUGAAACGAAGGUUUGAUGGAUGGAUACAAAAGUUGGAAACAAGACUAGAGAGUAUCUGAAUUGCUAACUGAAAGACCGCCUCUCCUAUACGGAUAUACCAUGUAUCAAGACGUUGACAGCAGGUCAGAUCCAUAUCCCGAUGUAUCAGUCCGAAACACGUGCGGUCCAAUAAUGCAAAAUGAAUACAUUUACCAUUGGCUCUGCGAAGCAGCUCAGAAAUAAUCUCUCUCGAGUUCUCCCUAGGCACAGGACAGAAACGGCAAAAAAAAUUUCUGGAUUUUCUGGGCGCUGAUUUUUCUGGGUUUACUCUGUCCCCUUUGCCCCCAGCUCAAGUAUACAUAACUCGGCCCAAUGCAAGUCUUCGAGGUCACCGGUGGCAGCUGGGUGUAACAACCAUCCGAUUUGUACUCUAUUUAAACGAACCGCCGGUCAUUUCCAUUAAAAGGAGAGCUAGCACAUGCUUGUCCAAAAGUGGGCAACAUGCUAACCCACAUCUAGAGUCUUCGUGAACCGAUACAUGCUUGCCACGUGCUCAAGAAAUAAGCACAUGUACCAUAUACAAAGCACAUGUAUAAGAACCAUAGAAAGCAAAUAAUUUUAAGAUUA